AUGAAACAACAAAUUUUGCUGCUAACAACAGUAUUCCUAAUACCAAACGUCGUCUAUGGAGCAGUUGGUGGUUUAGUUGGACGAACGCAAUCUGCAGGUGCUAAAGGUUAUCUGACAUGUAAUGGUCGACCUGAAAGUGGCGUACUAAUUAAGCUAUAUGAUGAUGAUAGAGGUUUGGAUUUCGAUGAUUUUAUGGGUGAAACAAUUACUGAUUCUCGUGGAUUUUUCGAAAUUAGUGGGAAUAAUGCUGAAAUGACACCAAUUGAUCCUAAAAUAAACAUCUACCAUGAUUGUAAUGAUGGUUGGUGGCCUUGUCAACGUAAAAUCAGCAUUAUGAUACCGGAUGAAUUCAUUACAAUCGGUGCCGUACCAACAAAAUAUUACGAUGUUGGAACACUUGAAUUAGCUGGUGAAUACAGCGGAGAAACACGUGAUUGCAUACAUUAA